AUGCUAUUAAUUAAAAAAGAAUUAAUAUUAAAUAUUUUUAUAAAAUAUGAAAAUGGGGUAGAUGGUAAAAUGGUUUUUGGUAAUGCAGUGUCAUUUGAAAAUAUUUUGUCACCCGAUAUUGGCAAGAAUGCAACACUUGCUUGGGGCGAAAAGACAUUAACCCUUGUAAAUUCCCAUGGCGACGAAAAGAUACCAAUUGUUUUAGGUUCUAAUAUACCUCUAGGCAGAGAUAUGUCAAACGAUGAAGAUUUUCUUAGUAUUUAUAAAAAUCAUAGCUAUGCUAAAAUGUUGGCACAUUUUAAUUGCAAAAAGAGUGAACAAACAUGUAUUCAGCUUAAAUCACAAAACCCAAUGUUUAGUAUUUGCUUAAUAGUUGCAUCAGUCGAUGGCUUUGAUCAUGUAUCUAUCAAUUCAUCACUUACGAGAUGGAGAACCAACAUGACCACAUGGAAAACAGACUGGGUUGGAAAGUUUUCAAACUCUCAACCAACCACCGGUAGAAUCUUGGCAAAGAACGAUUCAAAUUCAAUUUCAUUGGGAUGUUUUGAAGAAAGCAGUAGAAACAAUUUAAACUAUAUCAUAAUGCAUCCAACUAGACCUUUAGAUACCAUUCAAAUUUGUUACAAAUCAUACAGCGAAAUUUCAGAAUAUGUUUUGUAUUCAUUGGUAGAAUGUGCCGAUACAGAAACCUCAUCAUUUGCCAUAUCUGGUUACAUAUUUUAUGAUAAAUAUUACAGUAGCUCUAGAACAAACAAUUUACCAGCAGAUAAUACCGAAGUAUAUAUUAAACCAGUUAAUGGUCACUCCUUGAUCUACAAUUUAGAAGGUAAAAUAGUAUCCUCAACCAAAACUAAUGCAAAUGGUUUCUAUUAUUUCGACAAUAUCCCAAGUGGUGACUAUCAAGUUUUUUUAAAACUACCGGAUGGUACAAAAUACAGUCCAGUAUCAGAUGAAGCUCAAGAAGAUCCAUAUACAAAUAAGGCAGAUAGUGAAGGUAUAAUUACAACAUUUAUUUUCUUGAAUGCAUCAGGCGUAGUUCCAGUCAGUAAAACUCUCCCAGAUGAUAUGCAUUUAACAUCAGCCUAUGUUAUCCGUGAAAUGAACAUUGGUAUCCUUCCACCCAACAUCACCUUAACAGGUAAAAUAUUUAUUGACUACAAUGCUAAUGGACAAAUGGAUACCACUCCAUCAAAUACAUCUGCUAUUGACGUUCCAUUCCCAUAUAUUACUGUGAUUCUUAAAGAUGGCGAUAGAGUUGUUGCAACAAUCAAAACCGAUGCUGACGGUAAUAUUAACUUUGCAAAUGUUCCAUUAAUUCCAACAGGAUAUAUGGUAUAUGUAGAAACUCCAAAUGGCUUUGUAAUGACCAACUACCCAUUCCCACCAGCCCCACCAGCCGGUGCCCCAAUUGAUUUAAUUAUAUCCCAAGAUGAACCAUUGUUAAUAGGUUUAAUUUCGAACCCACUUUAUUGUCAAGAUGCUCCACAACUUGCAAUUAUUUGUUAUGCUAUUCAAAACCAUAACGAAUCACAUUCUGAUGACCCAGUAUUAAUCAGCUUCCCAUCGAAUGUUACCAAACACCUUUAUAAUAGCCCAGAGGGUACAGUUACUCAUUUAGCAACACAUGGUGAAAUCGGCUCUGUUUAUGGUUUAGGUUAUGACAGGAAAACAGGUGAUAUUUAUACAAGUGCAUUUAUGAAAUAUUUUUCAGGUUUUGGUCCACGUGGUACAGGUGCAAUCUAUAAAACUCAUACAGUAGGAAGCAAAGCUCGAACUAGUGAAUUGUUUUUCGAUCUCAAUCAAGUAAAGGGUGAUCCUCAAUAUUGCGGCUCCGAUCCACAUAUCUACCCAAUGGAAAAUUUUGAUAAUGGUGUAGAAUCAGUUGGUAAAAUUUCAUUUGGUGAUCUUGAUAUAUUAAAUGGAAGUAUCUAUACUAUUGCUUUAGCCUCAAGAGAGCUAUUAAAGAUUUCAAUCAACAAUCCCAGUGUAUAUACCCUUUCAAAUAUUUACAAUCCUUGUAUUGGGUUCCAAGAUGAUUGGCGUCCAUUUGCUUUGGGUGUAAGACAUGGUAGUAUUAUUAUUGGUGGUGUUUGUACUAUGGAAAGCUCUCCCACAGGAACUCCAGUAGGCUAUGUAAUGGAGGAAAAUGGAAAUAUCUUAUUAAGAAUUCCAUUCGAUUUCCCAAGAGGUUGUAAAUCAUUCGGUGGUGCUUUUUGCAUUCCAGGUGAAUACUCUCCAUGGUCCAGUAUCUAUUUCGACUCACAACCAUGGAUUUCAGAUUUAACAAUGGACGGUGAAGAUAUGAUUAUAUCUGUUCGUGAUCGUGGUGGUGAUUUAGAUCGUGAUGUAGGUACAUACGAUAUUUUAAGAGCUUGCUACAAUGGUGAUCAAUUAAUUUUAGAAAAUGGCGGUGUUUGUGGCGGUGUUAAUGGUGCACAUCUUCUUCCAUCCGGCUACUUUGGUACACCUGAUGGUAUUAAUGGCGGAGAAUUUUAUAAUGAUAAUUUCUUCUUCCCACGUGAUAACAAUGGUCACGAUAAUGUUGCCUCUACAGCUGGUGUUGUCAUUCCUGGAUAUACCACAUUAUUUGGAUCAUCUUUAGAUAUAGAUUUUGUUGGCCAGGGUACUGUUAAAGUUUGGGAUAAUUUAAGUGGUAAUUUAAUGUAUGGUAUUGGUGUAUACAUUCAAAAUAAUGAUAAUCCAACAAACAAUUUUGGUAAAGCAAAUGGUUUAGGUGAUAUGGAAGCAAUGUGCAUGCUUGACUUUUAGAAAUAUAUAAAAAAAAAUCAAUUUUAAAAAACUUAAAAAUAAAAAAAACUGAAAAACUUAAAAAAAAAUAAAAAAAUAUUUAUCAUAUAAUCAUUAAAACAAAGAUUAUAAUAACGACUUUUAAUAAAAUAUAAAGUUAUUUGUAUUACAUU